AGGUCUAGAUGCUACGAGCAUAUUGCCGGUCCUGACUGCCAAAAUACUCGGGGAUACCUGGGGAGGAAUAUCUCCACUGAAGAAAUGAGAGGCUGCCAUACGGUUCAGUGUAUUCUUGCAAAGCGACAGGAGUGGGAGCCUCGACCGGAUGAUCUCGCCUUCGAACGGGAAAGUCGAUAUCAUCUCACAGGCGUCGCAGAGAUCAUGUCUUCAUCUGGAGAUGGGUUGAAAUUUGCUCCGGUCCGACACGGCGUCGAUAAUAUUCGAGCGGAAACUGAAUUUCUGCUAGAAACGGUAUGAUACCCACUUAUUGUUAACCUUGCCCCAGUAGAAUACGGAUUACUUACUUGAAAAUAGUCCCAGGAGGAACUAAACGAGAUCGGGCUACCGUUUCAUCCAGCGUGCUUUGAACUGUUUAUUCAGGCAAGCAAGCAGUGUCUCGGAGAGGUUGAUAUAGACACGUUGGUCCGGAUUCGUGACAGAGCAUGUCUGAAAAGCCAGCCCUUUCCAAUCGAAGACCAUGAACAUGUCAAA